GUCGGAGAAGGUAAGGAGCCCGCGGGAGGGGAGCCCCAACGGAAAGGUUGCCAGCGGAGCCCGGGCUGAAGCGGAGGGAGAGGAGCCGCUUUGUGAGCGCAGCCAUGUUCGGGGGGCUUUCCAGGGUCUUCGACGAGGACCCCUUCUUUCGGGAUUCCUUUGCUGCACAUCAUGAGCAUAUGCAUCGUAUCUUUUCUGAACCUUUUGGGCCAAGUCCAUAUUUUUCUAUUAAAGAUGGCGGUGGAAGAACUUUCAAUCAAAGAGGACGUCCUGAUUCUCAGGUUGCUUUGAGAGACAAUCACAAGGCAAUGAACUGCUCCCUUUUGCCCUUUGGCAGUUUUGGUGGCAUGGCAACAGGUUUUCCGCUUAUGCCUUUUGGCAGCAUGGCUAUGGAUUUUCCUUUUAUGCCUUUUGGCUGUUUUGGUGGCAUGAACAUGGAUUUUAGGGACCCCUUUUCUGCGAUGGACAGGAUGAUGUCAAACAUGAGAAACAGCAUGAUGGACCUGCAAAGAAAUUUCGAUAAAAUGUCACUUGAUCCAAAUGCACACUCAUUUUCUUCUUCCUCCGUGAUGACAUAUUCCAAGAAGGGUGAUGAGCCGCCAAAGGUUUUCCAGGCUUCUGCUCAGACGCGCCUGGCUCCAGGAGGGAUCAAAGAAACCAGAAGAGCAGUCAAAGAUUCUGAAAGUGGACUAGAAAAAAUGGCUAUUGGGCACCACAUUAAGGAUCGCGCUCAUGUUGUUCAGAAGGCAAAGAACAACAAAUCUGGGGAUGAAGAAUUUAAUCAAGAAUUUAUCAAUUUAGAUGAAGCUGAAGCUCAUGCAUUUGAUGAAGAGUGGCAGAAGGAGAUCACACGGUUCAAACCCUCUGCAGGAAGAAACAAUAUAGAUACUCCAAGACCGAGAAGUAUCCGUCAUGUAAACAGAGAAGAUGGUGCAAGAAGGGAGAAGAAUCUUUCAAGAGUCGCCAUCGAUGGACCUAGGAAGCCUAGAUCUUCUGUGGAAAAGCUGAAUAUUAAGGGGUCGCCUGUUCCUCUCAAAAGCAGCAAAAAAUAAACUGCUGCGUGGCUUUUCAUAUUAAUCUAGCUGUUUUCGAGAAGAUGCAAUGAUUCUGGAUCAAUGAAUAAGACCAAGCUCUCUGUUUUUAGCAGCAGUGCUCUUUGACUGCUGAAUGUUCCUGAACACGCCUGACUAGUUGGUAACAUUUGGUUUCAAGCAGUAAAAGGAAAGCAUUGAUACUGAAAAGCACUUUGAGGUAUUUUUUUAAAGUAAGAAAUAGCCUAUUAAAGCACCUAGUUUCCAUUAACGCCAAACACUGUAGCAAGUACAGAAUGGAAAAUUAUUAUUGCAGCUAUCUGUGUAACCCUUCAAAGAAAUAUAGUUAAUAAACAGCUGUUUGUAAUGUACAAUUAUGUCACCAUUCUGUUCUUUCUUCCUAUCUCUUAAUAUGACCACUGUCUUCAGAACUGGUCAUUUCUUGUAAGAUAAGCAGAGUGUGUCUAGCUGCCCUUUUUCUGACCAUCCACUAAAAUUAACAUUGAUAGGGUAGGUUGGAGUAGGCAAACACUGAGAAAUAUAAUUUGUCAUCUUCAAAAUAAGUCACUUCCAUGUGUUGUUUAAUUGUGAGGUGUAUUGGACUUUUCAGUUAUUUAGUAUAAGCCAUUGGCUAGAAAAGAUGAACUUCACCCAGUUUGCAUGGUGCAUCUGAUGAUUGAAAGUGAGCAACCAAUAUGCAUAUCUAGACAUUGCCUCAAUAAAUCUAUUACUUUUAGCAAAUAAAGCUCCAUGUAGGCAAAAAAAAACCCCUGGUAUCUAGAUUGCAAUGUUUAAGGUAAUUGAACCAACACAUAGUUAUUCUCAGAUGUAGACCCUUUUGUCUUUGAACUUUAAUCUCAACACGCCCUAUUUAGAUUUGAAGUAUGCCUAUUUUACUGGACCUGAAUUUUUCUCUCAGUUUAAUAAACAAAGCUGCCUUCCAGAACCUAAUUGUUUUAAUGUCAAGUAGCUAAACGUUGUAGAAUUCUUAAAUUGGAAAAUAUAUUUCAGUUACUUUAAAGCACCGGAGUGAAUUAGUGACCAUUUGAUUCAAGGGUAUGGUUAGGAACACAAGAAAACUGUCACUGAAUCCCAUUUUACUUCCUUUGGUAGCAAAAAUACACACAACUAUUGACAGUGGUAGAGGACAGCUUGCAAUAUUACUUUUAAGUGUGUCUUAAGAUGCCUUUGGCACGUCUGUAUACACCCGUUUAGUUUCUCUUUCGGUCUUUGUUUUGAACUUUUCCCAGUUAAUCUUUCGUUAUGACUUGACUCUAUUUAUGCUUGUUUUUCUCCCUUUUGGGUUGUAAGAUUUUGCAGUGCUUGAGAAAGUUAUGGGGUGAAAUUUUUCCUUUUUGACAGAGCUUCAGGAAAAUAUCUCCCUUUUUCUUUUGCACAAACACUUUCUACUUUUUGGCCUUUCACAGUGAAGGCACAGAUUUGCUGAAUGAGCAUGUUCACUGUGAAAUAUUCCUUAUUCUUGUGAUUGAUCUUGUAAAGAAUUUUUAACAAAAGGUCCUACUCAGCCUGCAUUUGUGUAUGUGAAGUGCAGCAAUUAAAUUGGUAAGUUAUUCAACAAAUAUGCUUAAGUCCUUUUAAAUAUUAUGUUUCUAUAGGAAUAGACAUAGGAUGGUUGAAAUUUCUGUCUUUUGAAGGACUAUGUAUUAAAAUUCCUAAAAAAAUAUAUAGCACACAAAGGAACUCCACAGAUUGAUGGCCUCCUUAAAUUAAAAGUCUCUCAGAGCCUGAUUUAUUGACUCUUCCUUCAAAGUUACUGGAGAAGAAAUUCUACAUUUGCAUAUUCUUGAUACUGAAUAAGAUGUUGCGCUAUAAUUAUUUGAUUUGACAAUUUACAUAUUUCAACAUUAUGAAAUAUAAUGGAAAAUGUAUUAACAAUGGUCUUUUUUUUGUUAAUAAAUAGCUGUUCAACAAUG